AUGCUCCAACGUCUGCCUAUCCUAAUACUUCAUCCUCUAGAUGAAGAAGUGGAUGAUGAGGUGUUCAUUGCAUUAAGAGAGAAGGACAUUGAUGAUCUUAUCAUCAAGAAAGGAUUGACGAUCAAGUUCAAGAAAAAAUACGAGAAUUUCAAAAAUUCAGAUUCCGAGACAACAUCGAAGAAUAACGAGGAGGACGACGACAUUUUAGCUUUAAGUCAAAACUUGUCCCAGACGAAAAUUCAAAAAGAAUCUGAAGACAAUAACAGUCGUGAAAAGUCUACAAAUGGAAUCAGUGAAGAACAGACCACCAAGACGAAAAUUCCACAAGUAUCUGAAGAUGAAAAUAGUGAUGAAAAGUCUGUGAAUCGAUUCAGUGAAAAACAGACCACCAAUAAUAGGAAUAAGACAAAACCCACAGGUGAAACCACUCUUGAAGAGUUGGCAGAUGUUACCAUCGAGCCAGUACCGUCCACCAGCGCUACACCUGAUGAGUCUUUGAGUUCUUCGACUGUGCACGCCAGCAGGCGGCAAGUUGACACAGGUUACCUUCAUUCUACGAGGAUAGAGCAGGGUAUAGUGAAUGCCAGGGUUCAUGAAUUGGAUUUAAUCAAGCUACUAGACCAAUCUGCGAAAGGGAAAAGUGUCUUGAGUAUGUAUAGACAUACGCAGCAACUAGGAAGUGGUGAAUAUAAGGACAUAACCGAGAUCCUUUGUGACUGGUUGAUGCUCCUAACUGCCUUCCCUUCAAAAGACCAUUUCAUCACUGUUCGUAAAAAAAUUGCCAACAAAUUUACCACAACAGGGAAAGCAAACAAAUUCAUGCAAUUGAUAUUUUAUGUUGCUUCUACUGAAGAUCCUGAGGGCAAGGGCAGAGCGAGUGGAAAAUUGUUCGAUGGAAUGAGAAACUUGAGAGAGAAGUUGAGGGAAAAGUACUUGCUACCCCCGGCGAAGGAGGAACCAAUAUCGGUGAUUGAUCAUUAUGACGUCGAAGGAGAAGAAGCAUCAAAAGACCAAUUGGACAGUUUGGCCAUUUUGGAAAAAACUUGGGAGUUUCUCCAGGAAUUGACCCCACAUUGGCGAAGAACAAGUGGUCCAAGACUUAGAAAAUUAAAAAACACAAAUGGAACUGUCGCCGAAUACACAAAUAAAUACAGAGUUAUUCGGCUACCGAAUGCGGCUCCUCUGGUGGACAUCGACUUUGACCAUUUAUACCCCAAGAAAUUAGACGUCCUCUAUGAUGAAUGGGAUGUUUUUGCUACAAAAAUAGUCAAUAUUCUCAGAGCAACAACGCUAUCUGACCCCAUAGGGAAAGAAUUAGUGAACGAAUUAACUGAUUCAAUUUCUCAUGAAACUCAAGAUCUGCUACUUUGUCAAUUGUUGCCAGUACUGCUACCAGGGAAGAGUACCAAGAAUGUGAAUGAAGGAAACACUAAAUUGAAGAUAACUCACGCAAGAGACUGUUUUCUCGAUUACCUAACUCGAGAAGUCUACAGUAUUGACACUGAAGAUUUACAGACACCUAAAGGAAAGCUCGCUGCCCUUUCCAUCGCCCUUCACGAGUCUUCCAGUGAGGCAGAAUUGGGGACAGAGGUAAAAUCAAAGAAGAGGAGGACGAAUUCAAAUAACAACCCAAAGAAGGUAAAACGUCCAAAGAACAAAUGA